AUUCCACGUGCUUUCACGUGUUUAAGAUCGCUCGAGCUAGGGAGUGGUCAUUCAGUCUCAAAGAAGAUGAUUCCUCUAAAGGUACUCGCUCUGUGUCUUCCCUCUCUCGCGGUUGUGGCCAUUAUCAGCUACAGAUAUUGGAAGGGAAAGAGGCGGCAGCCAUUAGAGGUCCAACCAGACACCCCAAACACCAGCAGUAGCCAAAAUAAACCCAACAAUGAAGAUAAAACCGAGGAUAAAACUUUAAACUCUCCUCAGGGUAAGAGCUCAGCUGCAGUACCGCUCGUUAGCAGUCCUUCUGAUUCUGGUUUCACGGAUCAGUCCACUCCAUUACGCCUACAAACAACAAGAGAUAAUGAGACAGACUCUACCCCACAGUCAACCAGCCUGCCCUCCUACCACCCACCUCCUUCUCCUCCUCUUCCCCCGUCAUCAGCUGAAAAGGGAAGACAUUCCGUUGAUACAACGGCGAUAAGAGGUGGGCGUGUACGUGCUACCCUCCAGCUACCGGUUGACGUCAUUGGAAGGUUCAUCGGUCGACAGGGACGGAACAUCAAGACCUUGAUGUCCGAAUCAGGCGCUCAAAUUCACGUACAGCAAAAGAGCCUCACUAAAGACUCUCUCUUUGUCCCAUGCAUUGUACAGGGUACCCAGUCCCAGAUAAACUCGGCAAUUGAUCUCAUUCUCACGAGACACCCCGAGGUCUCAUUCUCCCUCCCUCCAGUUCUCCCUCCUUCUCUACCGCCUGUCAAUACCGUGGGUAAAGUCAACGACAUACAACAUAGCGAACCUAAUUGGGAUUACACUAUAGAGCCUUCACAGUGCCCUUCUGAUGUAUUCCUUGGUAUUGUGACUUAUAUUGAGAGACUCAAUCGUCUGUGGUUAGUUCCAUACACUAGCACCCAGCUAUUGGAGACACUCCACCAGAGCAUGUCAAGAAGCUACGCUGUCGAAGAAACAGGAGCGGCAAAGACCACACCUACUCUAGGGAAGCACUGUGCAGUACGAGUGAGUGAUGAUUAUUGGCUGCGAGGGCGUGUUGCCAAGGCGACAGACGAGAAAAGUUUUGAAGUUCAAUUAACUGAUUAUGGUAGCUCAGUUAUUGUACCAGGCACCUCCAUAAAGCCACUUAAGAGGGAGCACACUUUACUAAAAGUACAAGCCUUUUCAUGUCUUCUGUCAAACAUUGAACCAAACACAAGUAAUGCUGAUGAUGGUAUGCUAGUGUUGCAAGCUCUGGUUGAAGGGACUGUACUUGAGGUACACGUGAUAGUUAAUGUAGCUAACAGUGACCCUCUGGUUGAGCUGUAUAUACCGUCACACUAUGGAUCAGGGGGCCAGGCUUUUAUUAAUAGAGAGCUCGUUAAUCAAGGUUUCGCUACUUGGUGUGAGUCGGCAACAAGGGGCUUACCAAUAAAAAAAGUCACACCUACCACUAAUAAUAAUAAUAAUAAUGAACGAAGUGAGGAAGAAAUGCCAAUAGGAGGUAAAGAUGUAGAGGGUGUGGCUUCACUGCCAUUACUUGAACUGCUAAAAAAGAAUGACGAGGAAUCUGAGUUGAUUUUAAAUAAAAAUGAUGACUCGAAUCAAUCGCUCGUCAGUUUGUUAUCUGCCGGUACUAGCCCACUGCUAGGUACUGACAUAACCACACCCAGUUCAUUAAAAGUCACGCCCACUUUAUAACGAUUUCUUGUUUUGUAUAACGGACUAUGUUUGGACAUGCACCUACACUUCUCUCUCGAUCUCUUUUGAUUAUAACUUUUGAAUUCAAUUUCUACUUCUACACCUUGAUAUAUACAUGUACAGCACUGUUGUCAUCAUUAUUACUAUUAUUAUUAUUAUUAUUAUUAUUAUUAUU